GGUAGCCUUCGCUCCAGCAAUGGGACCAGGAUGUUAGGACUGCGCAUUCGAUGGCACAGCGCUCAGACCGUACAAACCUCACGGAGGAGAACUGUUGAAGAGGAGACGAGUUCCGUGGGAUGGAAGGAGACUCUGGGAAUGAUUCACCGGCUGGCGGCCGCCGGGACUGGUCAGAUGGAGUCUGGGAGAUGUCCGCUCUCACUCUCCAGAGUAACACCACCAACUCUACAGCCGAGCCCGGCCUUCAGGGCUCGGCUGCCCAAACCCUGCUGAGGGUCGCCCUGAUCUCGGCCAUCCUCGGCGCCUCGCUGUUCGGGAAUGGCCUGGUGCUGUCUGUGUUCCAGAGCAAACCACAGCUUCUGCACGUAGCCAACCGUUUCGUGUUCAACCUCCUGCUGGCGGACCUGCUGCAGACGCUGGUGGUGAUGCCACUGGUGAUCGCGGGCAGCGUACCGGGCAUCCAGCCACUCAACAGCGGCUUCUGCACGGUCCUGGUGGUCUUAGCUCACCUCUUUGCCUUCGCUGGUGUCCAUACCAUCGUGGUGGUCUCCAUUGACCGGUACCUGGCAAUAAUCCACCCCCUGUCCUAUCCCUCGCGAAUGACUUCCAAGAGAGGUAGCCACCUCAUAGCUCUCACCUGGCUGCUGGGCACAGUGCAGAGUACCCCGCCACUGUACGGCUGGGGACAGGUGGCUUUGGAUGGCCACCCCUUCUGCGGCCUUGUCUGGUCCUCCAGCCCCUCCUACUCGUUGCUGACCACACUGCUGGGCUUCUGGCUGCCUGCCCUCAUCAUGCUGGGCUGCUACUGGAUGGUGUUCCGCGCAGCUCGGCGGCAGAACGCACUGGUCCACCCAGCCCGUUCCAACAGCCCGCCGCGGGGCUGGACUUGCACCAAUACUUCCGCCCCCAGCUCUGGAGUCAGGAUUCGGGCGCGCCGCUCCCUUUGCCACUGCAAGGCGGCCAGGGUGGUUUGUUUCAUUAUGUCCUCCUACCUCCUCAGCAUGGGGCCCUACAGCAUCCUGGGCACCAUAUCCAUCAGCAGGGCCCACAGCCCACCCUCUUGGCUCAGUACCGUCGCCCUGGUCCUCUUCUACAGCCAGUGCUCCGUCCACCCCUACAUAUAUGGGUACCUGCACAGGAGCAUCAGGAGGGAGUUCUUCCGCCUGCUAACCAGCUCCUGUUGCGUUUUGCCGCAACCCAAGGCCUUGCCAGCCCACAGUCACCUCACCACCAUGGUCAGGAGGGUUCAUCGCCCCCACUGCGCCUCGGGCGCCUCUCGGGCCUGUACCCUGGGGUGCUGGGAGGUGGAGCCUGCCACUGCACUAACUCCCAUGGACCUGAGCGGAGCUCAGAGCCCCCAGGGCUGCCGCAGGGAGACUGUCUCAACCAGCUGCAGCUCAGAGAACGAACUUCGUCUCUUGCCCAGCCAGGCGUCUGGGCUGAGGGAGAACGGUGUCGCCUCUCGUUAAUACAGCAACUCUCGCUGUACCUACAUAGAAACAUAGAAAACCUACAGCACAAUACAGGCCCUUCGGCCUACAAAGUUGUGCCGAACAUGUCCCUACCUUAGAAAUUAAUAGGCUUACCUAUGGCCCUCUAUUUUUCUAAGCUCCAUGUACCUAUCCAAAACUCUCUUAAAAGACCUUAUUGUAUCCGCCUCCACCACCGUUGCCAGCAGCCCAUUCCACGCACUCACCACUCUCUGAGUAAAAAACUUACCCCUGACAUCUCCUCUGUACCUACUCCCUAACACCUUAAACCUGUGUCCUCUUGUGGCAAUCAUUUCAGCCCUGGGAAAAAGUCUCUGACUAUCC